GGGACAUUCACGAAACUUAUCCAGGUUCAUCGCGGCCGGCAUCUUCUAAGCAUGUUCGGCCGAAGCGUUCAAGGACGCCUAGCAUGAAAGAAAUAUAAGAGGCUCACGUAGGUACAAAGUAUGCUUCCCUCAUUACAUCAGUUCAAAUCCGCUGCAUCUUGCACCUCCCACGAGUAAUAUAACGCAACAGACAGCAAAGACCAGUCACACAUCCAGCGAGCUAGUCAACUCCUUCCGACAAGAUGUACCAAGCACAGGUUUCCGCAUGGGGCGAAGCACCCAAAUACGUCGAGGUUGACGAUGCACCUACACCAGGAGCAGACGAUGUCCGUAUCAAAGUCAUAGCAACCGGCGUCCACCAGGUCGUCCGAAGCCGCGCAGCAGGUAAACACUACACGAGUGGCAGCCUCCCUCACGUACCUGGCGUCGAUGGUGUCGGUCAGACAGAUGACGGGCAGCUGGUCUACUGGUUCACAAUGGACGCCGGCUCGAUGGCGGAUCAUGUCGUCGUGCCGAAACAGAACGUCCGCGCACUACCCGCCGGCACCGACCCAGUGCAGGCUGCUGGGAUCAUCAACCCUGCACUCUCAAGUUGGAUGGCGCUGAAGACGCGCACGAACGAUCUCCCAGCCGACUUCACUGUGCUCAUUCUUGGCGCUACGUCUGCAUCCGGCCGUGUCGCGAUAUCAAUCGCUCGGUCUCUUGGCGCAAAAACUGUCAUCGGCGCAGCGCGCAAUACGUCGGCCAUGAAGCCACUAGAGCUCGAUGGAACCAUCACGAUCUCGGAGAACGUAGAAGAGACCGACUUCAGUACCCUUGGCGAUGUGGACGUCGUGCUCGAUUACGUCUACGGACCAUUAGUCGUCCACUUGUUCCAAUCGCUCAAAUCUGCCAGGCCAACUCAGUAUGUGCAUAUUGGCGGCUUGUCCGGUCAACUGGACAUCAGCUUACCUGCGGCUGUGCUGCGCUCCAAGAACUUGACCAUCAGAGGCUCUGGACCUGGCGCGUGGCGCAUGCGGGACGUGGCAAACACGAUCGACGGACUGCUGGCACUGAUUAAGGAAGUCCCAGAGCAGCCGGUGAAAGUGGCGAAGCUCAAAGAUGUCGAGUCAGUUUGGGAUCAACCGGUGACAGGGCGGCUGGUGUUCGAGCCAUGAGUAGCUUGUCGUUUAGACCUCGGUUCGCAUGGAUGCUAG